AGCCAGAGGCGACAGGAGGCGCACCCUGCAUGGGCAGAGUUGACGGAUGUAGAUGGGGGCCUUGCUGCGUUCUCCAUGGGAGAUAUCCGUCUGGCGGAAAAGGCGGUGGAGGGCGGGAUGACUUUGGAGGGGUAUUUCCGUUCUGUGAAGGAUACAAAGCCCAACCUAAAGCAAACGAGUUCGGAUCCCUCUGCCACGGGGACCCCUGGAAGCCUUCCUGCUGAACGUGAACAACAACAUGCUGCUGGAUAUGGAGAUGCUGUGCAAAGCCUAUGGGGCCCUCAGGGGCCCCCUGUUUCUCCGCAGGCCACUGUGGGUCUUGGGGGCGUACCCCUGGAGAAUGACGUGGAAGAGGAAUUUUCAAUUCUUGAGGAGACGGACUUCGCCUUGGGAUGCGAGUCCCGUGGCAGGGGUGCCCAUGGCAGUGUGGGUCAUCAGGAUUCUGCAAGCGCUCGUGAAAAAGCAGCUGCGAGUGUUGCGGCUGCACAAGCCGCUGCGGCUGCGCUUUCCAGUCCGGGAGCUGCGUCUGUGGCGGCGUGGUUCACGGCAAUGCUUGCGGGUUCUCCAGAACGAGUUGUCAGUCCAGCUAGAGAUCGUUGCGCCAAUGAAUCCUCGGGGAACGCCACCUGCACUCGGAGUCAGAGCUCGUCUCAUCAGAACACGGGCUCAUGUGGGUCUCACUCUCCUAAAACUGCAGGCAAUCAGCGGCAGGAGGUUUGUCGGAGGCAGCAGCAACCUAAAGUACCCCAACGGGGGAAUUACCCCAUACUUCGCCACUCGGAGGAGCAACAAACAUUUCAAGCGCAGCAGCACGCACCCAUGAACCAGUCGCAGCCACGGGAUCAGCUUCACAAGGAUCAGCUCUGCUCCAUGCACCAGCAGCGGCUGCACCAGCAGCAGGCCAUAAGGCAGCAUAGAGGCCAGCCUUUGGAUGCAGCACAAGGCCGCCAGGCAGGAAGACAGCUCCUCUCCCUGAUCGGAGUAGUCCCGGCUUCUGACAACGGUGUGGACAGACAUGUUCCCUCAUCUCAUGGCUGUUUGCCAAUAAUCCGCGAGGAACCCCCUGGGAAGGUGAUACCCAGAUCUGGCAUUGACCUUGAGCGGCAACUAAUGCAGCAGCAGCGUCACCUGCAGCAGCUGCACUCUGUGGAACAGCGAAACCCACAGUGCUUCUGUGCCCUGUAUGCUGAAUUUAGGCCCACUAUGCCAGUGGGAGAUGCCUCUGCUCCAAUGCUUCAUCACCAAAUGGGUCUUAAGAGGCCCCCUUCUGUGCUCUCCGUCGGGCACUUGAACCUUGUGCCAAACGCGCACACCCAUCCGGUGGCUAGGGCAGCAAGCGGAGAACGAAGUCUGCUAAAAUUGCUGCAUGCCCGCGGGGGCCCUGUGGUGGCUCCAGGUGAGCCCUCCCCGGCGUGGUCCUCAGGUCAGUGA